UGUAAAUAAUCAUCUAUAAGUGAUUGGAAAAGACUCUGUAAACCACUAUUCAAACACUUUCUCGUCGCACAAAUAAUCAGGAUAUCAAAAUCAAUGGAAUUGCUCAACGUUGCCGGAGGAUGGAAAACAACAACGAGAUUUAUACAAAAGCAAAAGAUAAAAUGAAUUCACAAUAAAAAUGUUUUCUUCGCAUACUUCGUUGAUGUGCUGUUUGGCUUUUGCAGUCUUCAAAUCAGGAUUAUCGACUUCAACCAAACAAAAGCUAACGCUUUACUUGCAUGGCGUAUCCUGGAAUGAUGCGAAGACCGUCUGCGAGACAAAUGGCGGAACCUUGCUGAAGAUAACCACCUCCACAAAACAAUACUUCUUGGAGCAAUAUUUAGCAAACGAAUGGAGUACGCAUUUAAGUGGAGGUGUAUGGAUUGGUUUACAUGAAAUUGAUCCGCUUGAUGGAUCAAACGUGCAGUGGGUUGGAUGCGAAGAUCCAAUGUACAGAAACCUCGCUGUCCCCGGUCCAAGUUCGACUCCAGACGACAGCAAAUGUUUUACGGUUGAUUUUGCUGGACAGUGGAAGUCGGAAAGAUGCGAUCAAAAAUUUGGUUUUGUCUGCGAAGAAAACAUGGGUCAGUGUGACUUUGAUAGGAUGUACCCGGGAACCGGAUGUGGAGUAGCAUCGCCUCAGAAAUCGGAAGUCACACUUUCCGAUUGCCUCAACAACUGUCGUAACAUUCCAAUACAGCCGGGGGGUGAGGAAUGCUGGGGGGUAGGGUUCUACCUGAACUAUGCACAAGAAGAUUGUUGGAUGUUUUUGUCUGUUGACCCAGAGGCGUGCGCCAAAGAUAACUUUCAAUUUGCAUCAAUUGAUAUGUACAUCAAGACCUGUUUUACUCAGACUGUCAACAGCACAGUGGUUUCUGAUAACUCCAAUAGCCUUAGCCCCGAAUCUUCCUGUCUCAUACAAUACUCGACGUCACAGACGGAAGUAGCCUCGGUCUCAACAUCAACGCUACCGGAUGUUACCACACAAUCCAUGGCCUUGGAAAAAACAUCUCCACAAUACUCUACUGAAACCUGUUUUUGUCCGUGUGAAACGAAUUCAACUGUGUCAUUAGAGGAAGUUUUGGCGCGAAUAAAGCGAGAGCUAACAAUAGACAAGAAAGAGACUUCAGCGUACAUCAGGACCAAAACGUGCGCCGAGGACAAUCGACGGAGUUCACAGUUCAUCGGAUUCGGCGGAAUAGUGUUUAUCGCAAUAGAAAUCGGAUUUUUUAUUUUACUAGACUUCCCCAACGUCGUUGAUAUGUUCAGGCUUCUCAAGAAAAACGUUUAUUCCCGCUGAUAAAUCCGUUACAGAAACCGAAAUUUGCUUUAUGCUCAUGC